AUGGUUUCUGAUCUUCAUCAUAAAUUGGAUUUAACCAUUUUCAAUAUCAUUCAUUCAAGAACCGCAAUUGGUACCUUAACAUUAACAUGGAAUCGGGGUCAAAAAAUAAUCCUUUUGCAACCACGCGAUGUUCGCCUUCCCCGCGUAUUAAUUCAAAACAAAAAUGUUAGUUUUAACAUGAAAGAAUUUUUUAAAAAUCCCGCGCGAUUUGAGGAUUAUCUUUACAAAACCAAAAUAAUCGAUUGGAUUAAACCCCAAUUCGCGAUUGGUGGUAAAUUGGAGUUGGUCGGCGAUAAAAAUGAUAUAAAAACUGAAACUAAGGCGAUUUUAACCGAAUUUGAUCUCGAUACAACUCCAUUUCCGGCCGAUUUAGAGCGAGAAAUUCUCGCGAAAAUUGAGAAUAUCUCGAAAUCUGAGUUUGAUGGUCGAGAGGAUUUAACGAAAGAUUGUGUUUUUUCGAUUGACCCCGAAACUGCGAGGGAUUUAGACGAUGCUUUAUCGUUAAAAAUAUUAAAGAAUGGUAAUUAUGAGAUCGGGGUUCAUAUCGCGGAUGUAAGUUUUUAUUUAAGCGAGGCAACUAAAUUGGAUGAAUUAGUUUCUAAGAAAGCAACAACGAUUUAUUUAGUCGAUAAAGUGUAUCAUAUGUUACCCGAAGUGAUGUGUCAAAAUUUAUCUUUAUUACCCGGAAAAAAAUCGUUAACAUUUUCCGUGUUUUGGGAAUUUUCAAAAGACGAUUUAACCAUUUUAAAUCACCGAUUCUCUCGGACGGUUAUAAAUAAUUGUUGUCAAUUAUCGUACGAACACGCACAAAAAAUGAUCGAUAACGAACCGAUUAAAAAUUUCCCAAAAAUUUAUAACACUUUUCAACAAAAAGAUUUAAAAAAAAUUAUUUGUAAGUUACAAGAAAUCGCGGUGAUUUUGCGAAAAGAUCGUAUCGAUUCCGGGGCUUUAAGAAUCAAUCAAGUAAAAAUCGGGUUCCAUUUAGACCCGGAAACGGGGAACCCCCUCGAUUUUUUCCGCUGCGUAAACACCGAAUCGAAUCGAUUAAUCGAAGAAUUCAUGUUAUUGGCGAAUACAACGGUUGCAAAACGAAUUUUAAACGACUUCCCCGAUUUGGCAUUUUUGAGAUGCCACGAACCACCCAAUCCGAGAUUAAUUGGUGAUGUUAAGAAGAUGUUGGAAAUUGUUGGGAUCAUUUUGGACGUGUCUAGUUCGGGUGGAAUACAAAGAAGUUUGCAAGAAUAUAGUUCAGAUACGUUUUUAGGUAUAACAAGAAACGCAGCUUUAAAUCAUUUACUAGCAAAACCGAUGACUCGGGCUCGUUAUUUUUGCGCCGGGGUCGAAGAAAAUUACGAACAUUACGCUUUAUCAACACCGAUUUACACCCACUUUACGUCACCGAUUCGAAGAUACGCCGACGUAAUGGUCCACCGAUUAUUAGCGGCAUCUCUCGGUUACACGUCAAAACCAAAUUGGACCAUAGAUCACGUUAUAGAAACCGCGGCGAAUUGCAAUAAGCAAAAAUACAACGCGAAAAGAGCGGGUGAAGUUCAAUCGGACCUCUUUUUGUUGCACUACAUCGAAAAUCAUCAACCGUUUGUCGUCGAGGCGGUUGUCGUUGAGGUUCGAGAGAAAUUCUUCGACGUUUUGGUAUUGAGCACAGGAAGUAUCGUAAGGAUUUAUGUUAAGGAUAUUAAUGUACCAUAUAGUGCAGAAAAAAUUGGUACAAACUCCGAAAAACCGUUUUGGAGGUUAAAAUUGGAUUUCGGUGAGUCGGAAAAGAAAGUUAUUGAAAUUUUCGAAAUUAUAAACGUUGCUUUAAGCCGUAAACAGAAAAGUAAUUGUUUACACGGGCAAAUGGUGGUGAAAACGCGAUAAAAUAAACAAUUUUUCGUGGAAUUUUUAUGUAACUAGGAUUAAAAAUUAAUUGUACUUUUAAAAAAAA